UCGGCCCACGCGGGUCUCCCGGCAACCGGUGCGGGCGGAGGCGGGACCGGCGGCUUCAACUGGUGCGGAGCAGCGCGCCGCCCGGAUUGUUUUCGGAGCACGGUGCUGGCUUGGUCCCCGCGCGCCCCGCCCGACCCGGCUCCACAAGCGCCCGGCUUCUAGUCCAUCUGCAGCGGCCCGACCUGCGGCCGGUCGGGGGAUGCACACCCCGCCGGCUCCCGGAUGCCAGGGCAGCGACAUCUCUAGCUCUACCUUUGCUGAUGGCGAGCUCCUCCCCAGGGAACCUGGCUUCUUCCAGGAAGACGAGGAGGAAGCAAUGACACUGGCCUUGCCUGAGGGACCCCAGGAGUUAGAAAUGGACAGCCCCAUGGAGAGCAGCCAGGGCCUGGAGGGCUCUGUCCGGAGUCCUGAUGAGGAGAAGGAGCCUGAACUGGGGGGCCUGUUCCUGCAAGAGGACAAGUCCCUGGUCCUCACUCCAUCUAUGACCACAUCAGACCUUUCCACUCACUCCACCGCCUCUCUCAUCAGCAACGAGGAGCAAUUUGAAGACUAUGGAGAGGGGGAUGACGUGGACUGUGCCCCCAGCAGCCCCUGCCCCGAUGAUGAGACCAGAACCAAUGUCUACUCAGAUCUAGGAUCGUCAGUGUCUUCCAGUGCGGGGCAGACCCCGAGGAAGAUGCGGCAUGUCUACAACAGCGAGCUGCUGGAUGUGUACUGCUCUCAAUGCUGCAAGAAGAUCAACCUGCUGAACGACCUGGAGGCCCGGCUGAAAAACCUGAAGGCCAACAGCCCCAACCGGAAGAUCUCAAGCACAGCUUUCGGACGGCAGCUCAUGCACAGCAGUAACUUCAGCAGCAGUAAUGGCAGCACUGAGGACCUGUUCCGAGACAGCAUCGACUCCUGUGACAAUGACAUUACAGAGAAGGUGAGCUUCCUGGAAAAAAAGGUAACCGAGCUGGAGAACGACAGCCUGACCAGCGGCGAUCUGAAGAGCAAGCUGAAGCAGGAGAAUAUGCAGCUGGUGCACAGGGUGCAUGAGCUGGAGGAGAUGGUGAAGGAUCAGGAGACCACGGCAGAGCAGGCACUGGAGGAGGAGACUCGGAGACAUCGCGAGGUCUACUGCAAGCUGGAGCGGGAGAAGAGCACGGAGCUGGAGCUGCUGAACACCAGGGUGCAACAGUUAGAAGAAGAAAAUACGGAUCUGAGGACCACAGUGACUCGACUUAAGUCACAGACAGAGAAACUGGAUGAGGAACGGCAGCGCAUGUCUGACCGUCUGGAGGACACCAGCCUGCGACUCAAGGAUGAGAUGGACCUUUACAAGCGCAUGAUGGACAAGCUGCGGCAGAACCGUCUGGAGUUCCAGAAGGAGCGGGAGGCGACGCAGGAGCUCAUCGAGGACCUGCGGAGGGAGCUGGAACACCUGCAGAUGUACAAGCUGGACUGUGAGCGGCCAGGUAGGGGCCGCAGCUCAUCUGGCCUUGGCGAGUUCAACGCCAGAGCCCGAGAGGUGGAACUUGAGCAUGAGGUCAAGCGUCUGAAGCAGGAGAAUCACAAGCUGCGGGAUCAGAACGACGACUUGAACGGGCAGAUCCUGAGCCUCAGCCUCUACGAGGCGAAGAACCUCUUUGCCACCCAGACCAAAGCCCAGUCUCUGGCUGCAGAAAUCGACACAGCAUCUCGCGAUGAGCUAAUGGAAGCCCUGAAGGAACAGGAGGAGAUCAACUUCCGGCUGAGACAGUACAUGGACAAGAUUAUCCUGGCUAUACUGGACCACAACCCCUCCAUCCUAGAGAUCAAACACUGAGCCAGGGUUGGCUGCAGAGCGGCCAUUGGACCUGGGACCUAGGGACGGGCCUGCUGGAGGAGGAAGAUGCAGGCGGGACCCCACACUGUCUCUGUAAAUGUGCUUCCAGCCA